CGGGUCAGCCUCUUAGGGUUGCUUGGCUGCUCCAGGGAGUUCGGGUGCCUUGGUGCUCGAUCCCGGAGAGACUGUGGCUGAGGCGGGGUGCGGAUGCUGGAAGUUCACAUCCCCUCGGUGGGGCCCGAGGCCGAAGGGCCCAGGCAGAGUCCAGAGAAAGGCCACAUGGUGUUCCAAGUGGAGGUGCUGUACAGCGGACGCAGACACACCGUGCCGCGGCGCUACAGCGAGUUCCACGCUCUACACAAGCGGAUCAAGAAACGCUACAAAGUGCCCGACUUUCCCUCAAAACGCCUGCCCAACUGGAGGACCAGAGGAUUGGAACAGCGCCGGCAGGGCUUGGAGACCUAUAUCCAGGGCAUCCUGUACCUGAAUCAGGAUGUGCCCAAGGAGUUACUGGAAUUCUUGAGACUUAGACAUUUUCCUACAGACGCUAAGGCCAGCAGCUGGAGCACCCUGGGGGAAUUCCUGCCUAGUGACACCAGCUCACAGCUGCACCACCGGCCGGUCUUUGGCUUCUGUAUGGAUCCCUACAUUUACACCCCUUCCCCAGAACCUCUCCCAGAAGUGGUGGUGGACGGUGUGCUCCAGGCUCUCUAUGGCUUCAGCACCAGCCCAGCCAGAGGCUGUCAUACUGCUCCAUCACUAAUGCCCUGACUAGCCCAGGCUUUGGGCCAUCUUUCAGGACAGCUAUGUGCCUCAGUCCUAGGACUUCCAUAUAGGAAACUAGGUCUUCCCUUGGACUAGACUCAGAGUAACUGGCUGAGGCUCAGUUGUGCCCAUCCCCACUCAAAGCUCUGAACUUGGUUUGUACUGACAGCUGUAGCUGGUAGAACUCAAGACUCUUGAAAGCCCAAGGGUCAUGGCAAAGUUAAGAUAAAAGUGUGAGGUAAUUUCAGGGAUAGGCUGAGAAGAUUCCAGUGUAUUUUCUAGCCCAGCCUGAUACGUGAAGUGAAAGCAGCUUAGGAUGAGGUACAGGAGCUAGCUAGAAAGUCUCUGCCUUUCUAGUUAGUGGGUAGAUUACACAAGUACAGGCUUGGGGGGGCGGGGACGGGACCUAGGGAAAGAGCAUGCAUCCAUCAGCACAGAAGAUUCCCACACUGGGACACACACUCAGGACAGGUGCUAUAUACACCCCCAAACAUAGCCCACAUUCAACUUAUUAAAAAAAAACCCACUUUAUUGAUCAGCA